ACGUAUACAGGAAAUGUAAACAGGUUUCAAAAGUGUUUCAAUGAACCGUUUUUAUAAUCGUUUAUUUUUCCUCUAAAAGCUCAUUUUCACCGGACAAAAUCAUGCAGACGUGGAGUCUCGUGUCAAUUUGCGUGUUACUCGGCGUUGUUGUGAGAUGGGGCGUCUCGUUAAAUUCAUAUUCAGGGGCGGGGAAACCUCCCAUGUUUGGUGACUAUGAAGCCCAAAGACACUGGCAAGAAGUGACAUACAACCUCCCUCUUCAGGAAUGGUAUUUCAACACCACUGACAAUGACUUAAACUACUGGGGUCUCGACUACCCCCCUCUCACCGCCUACCACAGCUGGAUCUGUGCUUAUGUAGCCAAAAUAAUAAACCCAGAAUGGGUGAAGCUCCACAAGUCCAGAGGUUAUGAAAGUCCGGAACACAAGUUAUUCAUGAGAAGUACAGUGUUGGUGGCAGAUUUGUUGAUAUACAUCCCCGCAGUGGUUUUAUACUGUUUAUACCUGACGGAGGGAUCAUCCAGGAAAAAGGUUUCAACUUUACUCUGCAUUCUACUCUACCCAGGGCUAACUCUCAUUGACUAUGGACAUUUCCAGUACAAUGGAGUGAGCCUGGGCUUGGCCUUGUGGGGGGUUCUGGCUCUGGGUCUGGGCUGGGAUGUGUUGGGCUCCAUGGCCUUCUCCCUCGCUCUUAACUACAAACAGAUGGAGCUGUACCACGCCCUGCCCUUCUUCUGUUACCUGCUGGGAAAGUGCCUCAAACUUGGCCUGAUGGGCCGCGGGCUUUUCCUGCUGGUGAGAAUUGCAGCAACAGUGUUGGUGACUUUUGCCCUCUGCUGGUUGCCCUUCCUGUCUGACCCCAGCCAGGCCUCGCAGGUGGUCAGGAGGAUCUUUCCCGUGGCUCGUGGUCUGUUUGAGGAUAAGGUGGCUAACACGUGGUGCAGCCUGAACACCCUGAUAAAGAUCAGAUCCAUUCUGCCGGCAGACUCCCAGCUCUACCUCAGCUUCGCCUGCACUCUGCUGGCAGUUCUGCCUUCUUCUAUCAGACUGCUGACAAAGCCCACCUUCUGGCAAUUUAAACUGGCUUUGGCCAAUUCAUCUCUUGCAUUCUUCCUCUUCUCCUAUCAAGUCCAUGAGAAGUCCAUCCUGUUGGCUGCCUUGCCUGUCUGCCUCCUUCUGAAUGACCUCCCCUUGAUUGUCAUUUGGUUCCUGCAGGCCUCAACAUUCAGCAUGCUGCCUCUGUUCCUGAAGGACGGCCUGCUGGUGCCGUACGUUGUGACCUCCACGGCCUUCCUCUACUUCACCAUCUAUCUGCUGUCUGCGCUGGACCACUGUUCAGAGGAUGAGCUUAGACUGGGCGCCUACAAGAAGCUGUUUUUCUGCCUAGCCAGAAUGGACCUGGCCUGGAUAGUGAGAUGGAAGUUCUACAUCAGCAUUGCAGCCAUGGCCGGUCUGAGCAUUGCAAGCGUGGUUCUGGUCCCUCCACCGCGUCUACCCGACCUGUUUCCCGUCUUAAUUUCUGUUACUUCUUUCCUGCACUUCUUGGGAACGUUUGUAUAUUUCAACGUUGUUCAGUUCAGCGGGACGCCCAGUAGAAAGAGCCAGAAGAAGACCAAAUAAAUCAAGUUUUUUGAGAUGAUUUAUUUUUUUGUCGAAAAUUCAAUUAACACUUUAUCUUAAUCUGCAAGAGGCCUUUCACCCAUUCCAGAGUGGAUCUUAUAUAAAAUGGUGCUUCUUAGGGUAUUUGGUUGGCCAAACUACAACUGUACCACAAUGCCAAUUCAGAGGAGCAACUGAAAUAAAAGGGAAGAAUAAUGUCAUUUUUCCUGCCUGGACCAACAAAUCAUGUACACGUCCAAGCUCAAUCAGUCCUACUUUCUUGCUACAUGUCGCCGGCUAAAAGUACAGCCAAACAUAGGCAAGCAUAGCAUGACUAUAGCUAGCUCUGUGCCAAUAUGCUCCAGCUACAGCAGGUGGCCACAAUAAUAGGAACACCUGUUGUGACAUUGAGUUAUUGUUAGGACCAGAGGUGUUAAUUUAAUUUAGUGGUAAUUGGCAAAGCCAUAGUUUGUGUUGGUGUUAGGUUUAAUCAUAUUGUAAGGUGUUCCUGUUAUUUUGGCCACUCUGAUUGUGUCCUCGGGGGAUUGGGAUUAAGCACCUGAUGGACUGGUCUCAGGUUUAGCCGUGUUGGUCUUUUGUCUGUUCAACUUGUUUUUACAGUUUUCUACUGUACAUUUUUUUGGCAUCAUUAAAGUUAUUUUGUACAAACUCAGUUUUUGUGAAAAUAAAUCAAACUCCUCAGUGUA